GCGUUAACGGUUUUUAGUUUCCAAGUUGAUAGGCCCUUCUCGUGUCCCAAGCUUGGAUUCUUGGCUUGACCGACUCUUUAGAAUUAAUAUGGCAACUCGUGAUCUUGGCCAAUUCUGUGACCUCUCGAAAGGCCACAUCCAUGUCUGGGAUCACGACACCUUAUUUCCCGGGCAAGCUCCACGUGAUUUUCCCCGCACGCCCAUGGUGGAAAUGCCUGGCCGUCAACACCAAAGCUGAUUUCGAUGUGUCGUACAUCUAUUUUCUAGCUCCUUGUAAACCAAAAUCUGGUGUCCUCAAGAUGAAAACAUCUCAAUCUCCUGCCCCAAAGAAAAGAAGAAUACCCAGAGCUUGCUCAGCUUGCAGAAUAUCCAAACUAAAAUGUGACGGUGGCAAACCCUGCACCCGCUGUAAAACCGCAAAUUUCUACUGCGACUUCAUCAAACCCGUCCCCGACCCCGUGACAGAAAAAUUCGCAGAAAUCGAAACCCAGAUGGAGAUGCUGCGAAAUCGAAUCCCUGACACCACCACUGCUGUUGCCUUGCUAGAGUUACAACAUCAGCAUGCUCAGAAUGGAAAUGGAUAUGGAACAGGAUCACCGCGUUAUUCACAGCAGUAUCAGGGACAGCAGAGGGAGUCUGCCAGUCCUGUGUCAAAUCUAUCGAUUUCGAUGAGUGGGAAUAAUCAGCACUCUCAACAUUCAAGGGCAUAUUUGGAGAGUCCGAGUACUAGUUAUGGGAACGGAGCGGGUUUCGCAAAGAGAAAAAGAGGAGAUAUCGAGUUGAAUGUUGAGGUUGGGUUGGAUAUUGUUAGUAAGGGCCUCAUCAGCCUUGAGGAUGCGGGUGUGUAUUUCGGGACGUUUUUUCAGGGCUGUGAUAAGUAUGUUCCAGUUUUUGAUGUCACGUAUGAUACUUUUGAGUCUGUGAGGGAACGGAGCUCGAUGUUGUUUGAUACGAUUUGCGCUGUAGGGUGUAGAGCUGAAUGUGGACCUGGCUCCGAUAAAUGCCAAUCCCUCUCUAAUAUGACCAAAUCUCGAAUCUGCGAUGUUCUUCUAGGGACAGUCCCGGCGUCGGUAGAAACGGUGCAAGCGCUGCUCAUUAACGCGGGGUAUUCCGAAAAGGGAUGGCUCCUAACGAGUAUGGCUGUGCGAAUGGCUCUUGAUCUUGACUUGCCUGGCUCCUAUGCGAAAUUGAGUGGGCUAAGUUUAGGCAAUGAGGGCGAAGGGGGGACAGAGAAAGUUGAGGAAGAGAGGUUGAUGAGGGAGAGUCGGGUUUGGUUUGGGUCUUUUAUUAUGGAGAAUAUUUUGAGUCUAGAUUGUGGGAAGAAACCUGGUAUUAGGGCAGCUUCUAGGGAUGGCAUGAGAAGAUGUCGAGUACUGCUCGCCCACCCUAGUCGCACUGCACUGGAUUUCAGACUUCUGUCUCAGGUUGAGUUGAACUCAAUCCGAGCACUCGCCCAUGAACGACUCUCGCCAGCAGCAGGAUCAAGUAUGAGUGAUGAGGAAAUGAGCGAGAUUGUGCAGGAGACAAGAAUCGACUUAAGUGUCUGGUUGAGUGACUGGACAAACCUUAUUGACUCCAAUGUGUAUAAAGAGGAAGACCGCGCAAGCCUCCAAAUCAAUUUGCGAAUCCAGAGAGAUUGGGCUGAGAUGACGAUGUUGUGCACAGGUCUGCAGGGGAUGGGGGUUGAGAAUGUUGCCAUCAUGUCAGAUCCGCAGCGGAACCUGGUUUAUCUAGCAAAAGCUAGUGCGCAGCGGCAUCUCUGCACGAUUAUCUCAAACCCUGUGCUGUAUCUUGCCACGUUCCGUUAUGGAAUGGAUUUUGUUUGGGCAAAAUGCGCCUUCUCAGUGCUUCUGCUCCUCAAACUAGCCCGUCUCAUACCCUCUUCGACAAAAAUGUCCUCCCUCAUUGGUGACGCCAAGACUCUACUAGGAGAGCUCUCCAAAGUCGGUGGCUCCAGUAAUAUUUACUUUCGAAUCUUGUGCUUGAGCGUAGAGAAGUGUGAAAAAGCUCUGAAUGGAGAUCUGAACGAGAAUAUUGGCAGAGGUAUCGAUGGAGCAGAUGCCGAGAUGGACUUUCAGAGCUAUGUACCUAAAGAGUUCGUCUUGGAGUGGAACUUCCCUGGCCUGACAUUUUCUUGGAUCCCUUUCGAUUUUCAGGAUUUAUUUUCGGAUUUUGGGACCGGGAAUUGAAGUAGAGGAUCUCAACUCAAUUUCUCGCGCCUUUUUUGUAAUACAAUAAAACUGGUGUCCUACGAAUUAACCCUUCUGAAUUUCCCAUAUAAGACAUCGC